AUGGAAAGGACUGGCGGAUCUCUUCGAGCAGGACAUAUUGUGCUGGCCGCGGCGCCGUUGCCUCGACGGGCCGUCAACACGCGGCUGGUCCACUUCGAUCCCUUGCCGGAGCCCGGCCUCCACGCUGCCCAGGCGGAGGCAGCCUGCCGGUACGUUCCGCGCAUCUCUGCGGGGUGGCGGUUGGGGGGCACGUGCAGGGGCCCUCCAAAUGCGUCUGCAUGCUUUCGCGCACUUAGCCCCCCUCACAGCGAGCAGUCACCGCGGCACAAACCAAACAUGCUUUGCCCCGGUUGCAGGUGGUUCGAAGAGUGGACAUUGAUGGAAGUAGACGAACGGAGGGCCAGGCGGGUCGAAGGAGGGGAGGCAACGGCGCGUGUGGGCGAGCGCCUGGUGCAGCUACGACUCGAGCACGAGCACGCGAGUCCGAGCACGACGGAGGGGGAGGGGGAGGUGUGCGCGGGCGCCAAGUGCGCGCUCGAGCUGUGGCGCCUCAUCCAGGAGCGGGUCCAAGCCGAGGCGAGUGGGAAUACUCCAGGCCCGGGGGAGGCCACGAGUGUUGCGGCUCUGACCCUAGACGUCCAAACUCUGCACCGAUGGCUCCAGGAGGAUGCGGAUGCCCGCGCGACAUCCGGCAAGGCGGUGCUGAAUUGUCCCGAGCGUGGGCCGAGUGUCGGGGUCGCCAUCGAGCCUGCGAGCGGACCUAGCGUCACUUUGGCGGCAGACCUGACGGAAACCCUCGUCAGCUUGCACUGUCCCGAGGUGCCGGCCCACAGCAGCAUCGUGGCGGUGAUGAACGCCCGAGCACUCUUUGCGGAACCUGGCGACACCGCGAAGGAGGGCAGUGAGACCCUCGUAUGGAACGUUGUGUCCAUGUGGAUCGAAGUGGAGUGGCGUGCGCGCAACCACGGCGUCGCGUUGCCCACUAUCGCCGCCCUGCGCAUGGCAACCGUCACAUUCAAGAGCGCGAGGAUCCUUACCCAGCCGAAAGGUGAGGCGUUACGCUUGAAACUAGAUAUGGCUGGCAUGUCUUACCUUCUCGCAUGCGUCGAAGAGGAAGCGGGAGUGGAUGGGGGUUGCGAUGGCGCGGAAGGGGACGGGGGUGCGGUGGAGGAGAAGCAGGGGGGGGAGGAGCAAGAGGAGGAGGGGGAGGAGCCGGAGGAGCGGGAGGGGCCGGAGGAGCCGGAGGAGCAGGAGGUGGUGGACGGGGAGAAGGAUGGAGUUAAGACAGGGAAUGAGGGGCAAGGGGAGCAGGAGGCAUCGACCUUGACAGCGGAGGGGGGGGGGGGGGGAGGGCUGCUGCUGGGGAGGGAGACGCGGGAGGAGGGGGGGGGAGAGCGGGAGGUGGGGGGCGAGGGGGGGGAGGAGGAGGAGGAGGAGGAGGAGGAGGAGGAGGAGGAGGAGGAGGAGGAGGAGGAGGAGGAGGAGGAGGGGAACGGAGAGAAGGAUGGAGUGAUGGAUGAGGGCGCACGGUGGAGUGGGCCGUUUCUGUGGGGGGAAGAAGCUUCGGAAGGGCAGGCGACUGAAGGGGGGGGUAGGGAGGUAGUGCCGAAGGAGGGCGGUGAGAAUAAGCAGGUGGAGACAGAGAAAGAGGAGCCACCGAUGUUGACAGCGGAGGGGGGAGGAGAGGAGGGACUGCUGCUGGGGAGGGAGACGCGGAAUCCGGAAGAGAGGGGGGGGGAUCCGUGGCGGGUGGAUGAUACACCACAGCCUCGAGACGUGGAUGCGCGAACCCUAGGCCCUCCUUGUCCGGGCUCGAUCCGGGAUGCCCAUGCCCUUGCACUGAUCCCCAAGGGGGGUGCGGAAGCGCAGCCGAUCGAGGGGGCGGGGGAGAAGGUAGCGCCGAAGGUGGGGAAGAAGAAGGAGAAAAAGACGUGGCGUGCGAAUGAUCGGAAGGGUUGGCGCGUGCCGCAGAGCCGGGGGGUCUGGGUGCAAAGGAAGAGGAAGAGGACCGAUGAGGGGGGGGAGGAGGAGGUGAAGGAGGAAGUGAAGGGGGAGGGGGGUGAAGUGAGGGAGGGAGUGGAGGAGAAGGGGGCGAGGAAGAAAGAGUGCAAGGCCGGGAAGGCAGGUGAGGACUCGGAGGACGUGGUGGAGGUGGCGGCCCAGCUGCAGGCGGACUCGCCGGCUGUCAUGGAGGGCCCCAAGGCGGCCGUGCUGGGCCACGGCCAGCGGGUUGGGGUGAAGGAGGAAGAGAAUGAAGCGAAGGAUGAUGUGAAUGAGGAAGUGAAGGAGAAGGGGGUGGAGGAGGAGGAGGAGUGCAGGGCAGGGAAGGGGGUGGGGAGGCGGGCAGGUGAGGACUCGGAUGACGUGGUGGAGGUCCCCCAGGCGGCCCAGCUGCAAACGAACUCGCCGGCUGUUAUGGAGGGCUCCGUGGCGGCCGUGCUGGGCCACGGCCGGCGGGGUGGACCCAGAAAGGCCGCCCCGGUCGAUGAGGCGCCACUGAAAGGGAGGACUUGGAGGUCGUGUCGUACAGCCGCUGCCAAGGGAAAACCUGCCAGCUGUGUGCGAGGGGGGGGGCGAAAAGCGAAGCCUAGGGGCACAGCGACUCCAAGGGUCGAGGGAGAGGAGGCGAGCGAGCGGCCCAGAGCACGUCGUGCCCGCACGAACGAGGCCGCUCGGGGGGGGGGACGUCGCCCUCUGGAAUCCCACGUGGACGGAAACGAAAGCUAG